AUGGUAGGAAUUUGUGGGACUCGGGCCUCAGCAGAGCACAAGUGCACGCAUUCUUUGAGGAUCACACGACCGCGCCUCGCAAUGGCGCUCAAACGCAACAACUCAUUUGAGAGAUCCCACUUCAAAACCGCCCUUAAAUAUAAGUUGGGGAUGGAAUGGCCCGAUUUUGGCAUCUACCGACGCAAUAUCAACAACUUUGCGGAUGCUUCGGUCGCAUCGACUGACUGGUUGGAUGUGGUCUGA